AUGUUCUGGCGUUUUGGGGGAUACGCAAGUAUCUCCACCAUCGAUACUCUUCUCGACAAACCCGAGGUUACCCUUGAGGAACUCCUGGAUGAGCCGGAGAUCACCCAGGAACUAAAACAGCAUAAUACAAAACUCAUAGAAUACCUGCGCGAGGAUCAUGUCUUGAAACGGCUUAUGCACUAUGUGAUUGCACCAAGUUUGGUGAAUGAUGAUGAUGAUGACGAUGAUUCCAACGACAAAGACGCCGCCAAUGAUGCGGGCACCGGCGAGCAACAAGACAGCGAAAGUACACAGGAGAAGGAAGAAAAAGAGGCAGAUCCCUUGAAAAGUAUUCUGGAUCCCGAAGACCUGGAAAGAGUCGAGAAGACGCGCCUGAAGCAUGCCUACGUGGCCUGUGAGAUUCUCUCAUCGGAAACAUGGACAAUUCUUGAAACCAUCAUGGAGAACCCGAACAAUCUCCGUACCUUCUGGGGUUUCUUGCGGCGAUCGGCGCCUCUCGACUCUCUGCAGGCGAGCUAUUUCACCAAAGUGAACGAAACUUUACUCGACAAAAAGACGGAGGAGAUGCUGGAGUUCCUGAAGGGAUUAGAAGGAAUUGUUCCUGCGAUUUUACAACAUGUGGAUAAUCCUAUGGUUAUGGACCUUCUACUUAAAAUCAUCAGCCUGGAGAAGGCAGAGGGAGGCCAGGGAACUGUGGAUUGGCUGCAAUCGCAGAACCUCAUCCCCACCCUCCUUUCCUUUUUGUCGUCAACCAAUCCCGCUUCAGUUCAGACGUCUGCAGGUGACUUCCUGAAGGCUAUCAUUACUAUCUCAGCGAAUGCGACCCCCAAUGACCAAUCUUGCAUUGGCCCAAACAGUCUUACACGUCAGCUCGUUUCACCUGAGUGCGUGCAGCAACUGAUCGAUGCAAUGCUUCAGGGUGGUAACCCAUUGACUGUUGGUGUUGGUAUUGUCAUUGAGGUGAUUCGCAAGAACAACUCCGACUAUGACCCCGAGAACAUGGGCGGUCUUGAAUCAAUGCCGACUCCUUAUGACCCCAUUUACCUCGGCCACCUUCUUCGCCUUUUUGCUCGCCAUAUUCCCCAGUUUAUGGCUUUGAUCCAAAGUUCGCAGCAUGCUGUUUACGAUGGCAAAGAGUUGAAGAUUGUUGACCGCGGUCGCUUGAGUUCUGCAUGGGGUGGCAAGAUUGAACCUCUUGGCUUCGAUCGGUUUAAGGCCUGCGAACUGAUGGCUGAAUUAUUGCACUGCAGUAAUAUGGGUCUUCUGAAUGAGUCAGGAAGUGACGAAUAUGUCCAGCAUAGGAAUGAAGAGCGCGAAAGGUUGAUUAAGGAUGGGUUCUUCAAUCCCCAUCGUGACGAGCACUCCGGGUUGGAGUACAAUGAUACCACCGCAGAUUUCGCAAACGCGUCUACUCUGGACUCUGGGUCGCCAGAAGAUAUUAAGGGCUCACAUAUGCCUCGAGCGGGCGAGGAGGAAGGAUUUGAGGAUGUUAGUGCCUCGGGCAUCCUUGUUGAUGAGAGGGAAGAUGACAGCAUGGAGGCUCAGAAAGAGGAGACUUCUGCUGAUCCAACGGCCCUACCUCAAGAGACCUCGCAUACUGAUGAUACUUCUUCCACGACAUCUCAAAUCACCCCUGUCUCAUCCGAAGCUCCCUCAUCUACCAAUGUCCUUGCCGAUAAAGUUGGUGAGAUUCAGCUUGAUGCCGAGAAAUCGCAGCCUACAGAGAUUGAGGAGGAGCCAUCGCCAAGCGGCAAGGCUGAGGAUGUUCCGCCUCCGCUCUUUGCCAAUGAAGAGACUUCAAACGCUGCCGAGCAGACAGAACACUCUUCUGCUAUCACCGAACCUGCUCAGCAGUCAAGUCAUAACGAUGGUGGUGCCGAGGACCCUGCCGAGCAAUACAUUCAGUAUGAUACUGAUGGGCAGCCAGUUGUUGGAGACUACUUAAAGAUCCAGUUUGUUGAGAACAAGGUAGUCCCAACUAUCCUAGGCUUCUUCUUCCGUUUCCCAUGGAACAACUUCCUUCAUAACGUUGUGUACGACGUGGUCCAGCAAGUCUUCAAUGGACCUAUGGAGCGUGGAUACAACCGUGCUCUUGCAAUCAACGUUUUCGAAACUGGCCAGAUCACAACUGCUAUUGUUGAAGGCCAGAAGCGCAGCGACGAAGCUCAGAAGACCAAGCAGAUCCGCCUUGGCUACAUGGGUCAUCUGACUCUCGUCGCUGAAGAAGUGGUCAAGUUCAGCGAGCGUCACCCACCAGAGUUGCUCUCACGCUCUGUCAUGGAGUCUGUGCUGAACCCUGAGUGGAUUGACUACGUAGAACAGACACUUUCUGAGACCCGAGAGCGCGACAAUGCUAUCUUGGGCGGUGUCCGUCCAGAUGUUUCAGUUGGCUCUCGCCAAGCCUCUCUCGGCGCUGGUCAGGGCUUCAGCAGCAAUUCAAACGCUCUCGCUGAAGCAGGUUUGAACGGUGGUGGAAUGAGUAAUUCCAAUUUCCAAGGCUUUGACCUCAAUCAAGGCAGUGUCUCUGGUGGAGCCUUUGGAGCGGGUGCAACCUCUCUUCUGAGUGGGUUUGCCAGCUCAAGUGAUGAUGAUGAGGAUGAAGAUUUGGACGAUCGUGAUGACAGAGAUGCUAGUCAUAUCGAACAAGGCGAGAAUGUAUCCACAAGCUCCGCGAGCCAACCAAUCCCAAUCUUACCACCGCCUCCUGCUCCAUUGAGUACUGGUCCCUCCCGGGCUCGGCGCCAGCUAGCAGCGCGUCUAGCCGCUCAGAAGCAGCUGGCCGCUGAAAACGUCGGUGCAGAAGGGGAAAUCGAGAAACCUCAUGAGGCCGAGAACAGAGAGUCCCAAUGGCUCAGUAACCCAUUCGUCAUUGCCGGUAUUGACGACGAUGCGGAAGGAGGCAACUCUGCAUUCCCCAACUCGGACUUCGGAUCCAACACAGAUGCCGCAUUUGCGGCCGGUUUCCAUGAAGGAGGCUUCAGUCCACCGGACUCUUUUUCCAACUCAUCCGAUGAGGAUGGAGAUGGUCAUACCGAGUCCAUUCGGCGACGUGACCGUGUACCCCUCGAAGUAGACGAAGACGAUGAUGACAUGGGUGAAAUGGUAGCACCCAGCCUGGGUGCUAUGAUCGACUCAGACGAUGAAGAUGACGCUAUUAUCAACGAAUCUCUGGGCUACUCCAAUCUCCCAGCCCCUAGUCGAUUUGGAGGGUUUCGUCGGCCACGUGCCGUGAGCUCUCAUUUUGACGAUGAGCAAGAUGAUGAUAGUAGCGGUGGCGAAGACGACGGCCUAGUGGAGAUCUUAGUCCCAGGUCGCAAGUCCUCCACCUCGAAUUAA